ACCAUGUGUCCACUUUACUUAGGACAUCUUUUUAUGUCACAUUCUUGUAAUUAUAAAUUUUUCUUGAAUAUCUAUUCAGGUGAAAAAGUAGAAAAGUACGAUAGUCGAAAUAUAUCUCUCAAUGCUUUACUUGGAAUUGAAAUAGAACAUCGUCCGCCAACAAAUAUUCCAGGACCAAUUAAAAUGGCAUUUGGUAGAGCUGCACCUGGUUAUUACGCACAAAAAUAUCCAAGUAAAGAAACAUGGUUCAAUUCCAAUGCAUUGCAUCGUCAUAUACCUAUAAUAAGAUUUAAUCCAUUUUCACAUAAUCUAGAUAACUAUAGAAACUAUAACAAUGAAUAUAAAGAAUAUAGAGUAAAUGAAUUGACAGAAUAUCAAGAUAAAUAUUUAGCAAAUACUCCAUCGUUAAGAAAACAAACCAGAUAAUCCUGCUUUAACUUUGAGGGUAUAAAAGAAAAUCAUACACACAUGUAGACACAAAUUGUAGGUUAAUGACUUGAUCUUGAGAAUGGGUCAAGAAGUAAAAAAAUAGAUGAACUCUUUUGUUUUCUUUUUCAUUUCAUUGAUUAACUUGUGCAAAUAAUGUUUGUUGUCUUAAGCAGUUUAUCAUAUCAAUUCCCAUAAACAAAAUGAUAGGC